AUGGUCUUUGCAGUUGUCAGCAGCCGUCUGAGACAGAAACGAGCUCUUCUGAGUGAGGAGGACUCGGAGAACAACUGGAGGGGUAAAGUAGAAUACCUGGUGAAGUGGAAAGGAUGGCCCCCAAAAUACAGCACAUGGGAGCCAGAGGAUCAUAUCUUGGACCCUCGCCUGGUAGUGGCUUAUGAAGAAAAGGAAGAGAGAGACCGUGCGUCGGGGUACAGGAAAAGAGGCCCCAAACCAAAGCGCCUCCUACUGCAGCGGCUGUAUGGCAUGGACUUGAGGAGUGCCCACAAGGGAAAGGAGAAGCUCUGUUUCUCUCUUGCACGGAGGUUUGGAGGAGGAGACAGUAGCCUGCCAGGGGCCAAGCCAGGGCAGGCAGAGUUCUCAGAGAAGACUGGGGGAGCGGUCCUGCCAUUCUCUCUCCGGAAGCAACGCAAAAACCAGAAGUACCUGCGACUGUCAAGGAAGAAGUUCCCCCGCAUGGCGAGCCUGGAGAGCCGAAACUGCAGGCGUGAGUUCUUCCUGAAUGAUGCAGUGGGCCUGGAGGCCAGGCAGGGCCCUGAGGACUGGGAGGCCAUGGAGCACACCAGCAAAGAAGCAGAUGUGGAUGGCAGUCUCCCUUGGAUUCCCACUGUGCCCCCCAGCGAAGUGACAGUGACGGACAUCACGGCAAACUCCAUUACCGUCACUUUCAGAGAAGCACAAGUGGCUGAGGGCUUCUUCCGAGACCGGACAGUGAGAGGCGAUGGAUCCUACCUGUGUGGAUAACUCCAGCCUGUUAAGACUUUCUCUCCAGUGCUGUUUUCCCCUGUGGCCUGCUGUCAGGACUUCAGAACCGUAUUUGCCUGUCUGUGGUAAGUCCGUCUUUGCAGCACAGGUCCGUAUAGACAGCAGAGGUUUCUCCCUUUGAUUGUUGAUCAUGCGGAAAGACUGAAAUGCAUCUCUGAAAUCUAGAUUGGCGAUGUAAAUUCAAUUUGCCUUCAUUAAAAGCUCAGAAACCCAGCACAGUCAAGACAUACCAUUCUGUAUAUGCUAAACAGGAUUUCCAGGCUUAGCUCUGCUGUGUGAGGAAUGCGUUAUGGAAAGUGGGGUGUUCUUACCCUUUGCCAAAUUCAGUAUUAAUAACAAAUGCUGCCCUGAAUCUGCGGUAAUAAGUUGGUUGAAAACUGACUCCUCUCCCCUGGGAGGAGGGGCUAAUAGGACAACCAAAGCAUUGCCUGGCACUGCAAAGUUAUCCAAGAUACUGGCAGAGGCCCAGGACACAGGAAUUGGACAGAACUGAGCUAGAAAUGGACCUUGAUUAGCAGCAAAUUCUGUUCUUGGAUCCCAUUGAGAGAUCCAAGGUAAAAAACGUGGGGAAGGCAUGUAUUAGAUUUGAAGAGGGGAAAAAAAUUCUUAAUUCUUAGCAAUGAGAAUUCUUGGAUUGUACUGCCUGAGUAAUACUCCUCUGUGACUCCAGUCUCCUCACAGUAUCUGUGAUCCUGUACUACUUUACUGAUGGGAACUUCCCCUUGGAAGGCUUAAAAAUCUUUGCCAAGGAAAGCGGUCUGCAUUUCAAUAGACCCUGCCUGAUCUUGCACUUAAAAAUGCCUUGUGCUGGACUGCCUGUGACACUUCGAGGUUUUUGAAGAAUUGCUGCAUUUUGAGUUGGUAGUUUAGCAUAGCAUCUGUUCUUGCACAUGCAUGUUCUCUUCCAUUUUUUUAAAGGCAAAUUUUAUUUAAAUAACUUAAAUUUUUAACUAUAGACCUUUUCCUAUGGAAAGCAAGAAAAGUAAGCUAGAGUCUAAGGUGAGAACUGCAGGACAGAGUGCUGCAGGGUAACAUUGGCUACUGUCAUGAUUACUGUCCUUAAAUCCUUUGUUUCCUCUCCCCACCCCACCUGAAGCAUCUCUUAUCUGCUGUAUUUAUUCUAAAUGAAGGUACGAGCCUUCUGAGCUCUGAGGUGAGGACACCUGUGGAAAUCCUCAGUGUGUUCCUUUGAAGGGCUUGGCUGCUGGCCUGCAGAAUUUGGGAGCUCUGGGGCUUCUGGUCCUCCAAACAUCUACUUUUCCCAAAGUGCUUGGACUGCCCCUAUGGUUUUUAUUAAAAGCAGGUUUUUACCUCAGAUAGGAUAUGGCAGCUCAGUGUAGACUUAGGAUUUCUUCUCCCAUCUCAGAGCUGUUUGAGCAGGACUGUCUUCCACUGUGUCACAGCAGUUUCAGGACCACUGGGAAGAUCUUGAAUUUCUGGACUAACCUUUUGUCUCUCAAAGAAGUGACAUGGGAGUUUUAUUAUGGAGAAAUCUGAGAGAGUGAGAAGUGGAAGCUUGGUGGGGGGAUUAUGUGGUGGGAGGAAGAAUGAGUGGGAAAGAAGCUUGCAAUAGCUAGCAAGGGCAGACUGAUGAGGUAAGCAUACAGGCUCAGGAUGUUUGUUGAACGUAGGUGUCCAGAGCGAGGCUUCUGUAUCUGGAGUUGCACCCUCUUUUGCAGGAUGUGGGGUCAGACAGUGUUGUCAUUGUCACACACCCACACACCCCCUCUUCCCGACACCUGCCAAAUGUGCUGAAUACCUGCAUCUCUCUUUUGUUGUGACCAGUGGACACACCACAUAGCUGAGUCUGCUCUUGAGGGUUGUAGCAGGUCAGGUAGUUAUGGUUGCAGAAGCUUGAACUCCAGCUCAUCCUGCUAAAUCUUUAUGGCAUUUAUAGGAUCUGUUUUCUUUAUUCUAAUGCAGCUACUACUGCCUUUGUCCUGUCUUCAUCUCAGUAUACAAAUACACCAAAAAAGCUUCCUAUUUACUAAGGUUCCUGGCUUUGGCUGACAUCAGAAGCAAUACCAAUCCUGCGGCAGGAAAGAGCUUGUCCUAAUAAACUGGAUUUCCAUCCUCUGCUUUUCUCUCCACUCACCAGCUGAGACUUCUCAAUGUUUUGUUUUGGCAUUUCUCUUUAAACAUCCUUUCUUCCUCUUGCAGUGGAGUUUUCAAAGACCUGUGGUGGUCUUUCAAAGAGGAUCCACCCACAGCUUCAUAUCUUAAUCAUUUUUUGGAUCAGGCUAGCUUGUUCUGCUGGUGACUAAUCAUCUCGCUACACGAAGUGUUGAACAAAGUACCUGGCUACCGUGCUGCUUUGUGUACAGGUCAACGAGGAGUUAACCCUUAUCGGGUUAAGAUGCAACAAGUUGCAUGUGCGUGGGUUUGGUUUGUGUGUGUGAGGAGGAGUUUGUGGUGGGAAACUAAGCAGUUACUGUGUUGGGGUGGACUUUUUUUUGACAUUCGUGAAUUCUUGCUUGUCUUGAAGAUCUUUUUGAGAAGAUUUUUCUCUUGAUCUUUUUAAAAGGUGGCUCUGUUCCAUAUUGUCUGGUGACAUAUUGUUGUAAACUUCCUUGGUAGAACUGGCCUUCAGGGACUUUAAAAUUAGCUUUAUUCCACUUCUGCAGGUGUGGAGAUGUAUGGGGGUUUUACUUGUGAUGGCAAGAGAGGUUGUCUGGGUUUACUUGUCUCUUCUCCCCAAUACUGUCCAUCUGCCAGUUCAACCCAAAAUCUGAAAAUUGAAUUGGGACCUCUUGGGCUAACAUAUCAUGAAAAUCAGAUGCUGUGCUCGGAGCUUCGUUAAGCAUUCUGUUUGAUUAGAAGAGCCAGAAUAGCAUCCAGCUGAAGCUGAGUUUAAUAAUUCUAUUUGGAGCACAAGCCGAGAAUAGAAAUGGGCUAACUCUCCCAUACCUCGUUUGGCUCCAUGGCUGUAAACAAGAAAAACAAACUUCAGCCAGUGGAAAUUACUGAACUGUAUGCAAGAAACAAACUUCUCGAAGAAGAACUGUUCUAAUAGUCAUUCUUAGAACUGUUUCCAUGUGAGAAUUUACCAGCCAUGUUUGGGGGACAGAAGUGUUUAUUUCAUAGAUCUUCUCACAGUGAACUCGCUGUAUGUAUGACAGAACUGAGGGGCUUCAUGAGAUUGGAAAACCUUUAUUGUUAACAC